AAUAAUAUAAAUAAAAUGUAAUAAAAAUAUAUGAAAUAGAUAAAUAUAAAGUGAGUGCUGCCACAUUAUUCAAGUACAAAUUGUCAAUAAACAAACUGAAGGUGUAUACGCAAAAUGUCCUUCACAUUUCUGCAGCCGAGCAGGAGCUGAAGAAAGGUGGCUGCGCCCACGCACAACAGCAAAAAGGCAGCAACAGCAGCAGUGGCUGUCGAGAAAGUCAAGGAAUUCAAAGACAGUUUUACGUCACCUUUUGAAAAGCAAUAAAAGGAAAGGGGAAAGAAUGGCUCCACUUUUAGGAGCAACAGCUCGCAAAUAAUGUCUGCAAACACACUGCGUUGGCAAUAAAACCCAAGCAAGUCAAUUAAAAGCUAUAUUUAGACCAUCCAUCCAACAGGACGUCGCAAAAUAUUGCCUCUUAUAUGAGUUCACCCUUUGAGGCGCGUCGAGCCGAAGCAGCAAAAGAAAAUGUUAAUAAAAGAAUACCGUAUACCCUUGCCGUUAACGGUGGAGGAAUAUCGCAUCGCACAGCUGUAUAUGAUAGCGAAAAAAAGUCGCGAGGAAAGUCAUGGCGAGGGCAGCGGCGUUGAAAUUAUCAUUAAUGAACCCUACAAAGACGGGCCCGGCGGCAAUGGACAGUAUACGAAGAAAAUCUAUCAUGUUGGCAGUCAUCUACCCGGUUGGAUAAAAAGUUUAUUGCCAAAGAGCGCAUUGACGGUGGAGGAGGAGGCGUGGAAUGCCUAUCCAUAUACACGCACGCGCUACACCUGUCCGUUUGUGGAGAAAUUCUCGCUCGAUAUUGAAACAUAUUAUUUUCCGGAUAACGGUUAUCAGGAUAAUGUGUUCAAAUUGAGCGGCAGUGAUUUGCGAAAUCGUAUUGUGGACGUCAUCGAUAUAGUGAAGGAUCAACUAUAUGGCGGAGAUUAUGUAAAGGAGGAGGAUCCAAAGCUCUUUGUAUCUGAUAAGACAGGACGUGGUCCGUUGGGCGAGGAAUGGCUAGAGGAAUAUUGGCGCGAAGUUAAGGGCAAAAAGCAACCCACCGCUCGCAAUAUGUCGCUUAUGUGCGCCUAUAAAAUUUGCCGCGUGGAAUUUCGUUAUUGGGGUAUGCAAACCAAAUUAGAGAAAUUCAUACACGAUGUGGCAUUGCGGAAAACAAUGCUGCGUGCACAUCGGCAGGCAUGGGCCUGGCAAGAUGAAUGGUACGGCCUGACAAUUGAGGAUAUACGUGAAAUCGAGCGACAAACACAAUUGGCGUUGGCGAAGAAAAUGGGUGGUGGCGAAGAUAGCGAAAGUGAUGUGGAAGAUGCUGACAGCGUGGCGGACUUGCAUGGCCGACCGAUUACUGGCAGCACGGGCAGUGAGCGUCGAAAGUCUAGUGGCGCGCCACCACCAAUUGUUACCCAAGAACCGCCAAGCGCUGAAGGGACUUCGGAUGAGGAUGAAGAGGAUGCGGCUCAGGAAGUGAGCGCGCGCUCACGCUCCCAGAGCAUACAAAUGACAAAAUCGAAAUUCGGUUCGAAGGGCGCGCUACACUCACCGGUUGGUUCGGCGCAUAGCUUUGAUUUACAGCCGCAUGCUAAGAAUGUUCUACACAAAAACGUUGCAAAUUGGCGUAUGGAACGACUGGAAGUGGACACCAAGUCCAAUUCUGAUGAAGAGUUCUUUGAUUGCGUUGAUACCAAUGAGACCAACUCGCUUGCCAAGUGGAGCUCACUUGAAUUACUCGGGGAGGGUGACGACAGCCCGCCGCCAAGUAGUGGCAUUGUAUAUAAAGACAGUCAAGAAGACAGUAUUUUCAAUCAAGACUUCCUAAUGCGCGUCGCCUCGGAGCGUGGCAAUAAGCGACAGCUGCGCUCCUCCGCUAGUAUAGAUCGUAGUCAUGACGCAUCGCCGCCAGGUUCGCCAGGCACACCUUCCUGUUCCACCACCAUACUAAUACUUGUAGUGCACGCGGGCAGCGUUUUGGACGCCACCAGCGAGCUGACCGGCAAGAAGUCAGACAUUACCACAUUUCGUGGCGCUUUCGAGGGCGUUAUGCGUCAACACUAUCCUAGUCUGCUGAGUCAUGUUACCAUCAAAAUGGUACCAUGCCCUUCCAUCUGCACCGAUGCCUUGGGCAUACUUUCUAGUCUUAGUCCAUACUCGUUCGAUGCCUCACCGUCGGCUGUUGAUAUACCAAAUAUAGCUGAUGUACCGAUUGGCGCCAUACCAUUGCUUUCUGUGGCCUCGCCAGAAUUCCAAGAUACCGUUAAUAAGACAGUGACUGCAGCCAAUAUAGUCUAUCAUGAAUUCAUCAAGUCUGAGGAGGGUCACGGUUUCGCCGGUCAAGUGGUAAUGCUGGGUGAUUCGAUGGGUUCGCUGUUGGCCUAUGAAGCGCUUUGCCGCGGUAACGGUUCGGAUGGUGGUGGUAGCCGAUCAUCGCGUACCGAUGACGAUGAACGCUUCAAUGAUUCCGAUUUGGAUGCUAAGCGGUUGCUGGUCGCACCUUCACCGCGACGUCGUCGGUCCUCUUCGGGCGAUUCGCGUGGCAACAAAUUGGAUUUCGAAGUUGGUGAUUUCUUUAUGUUCGGCUCACCGCUCUCCAUUGUAUUGGCCGCGCGUAAGCUGCAUGAUGCUAAGGCGGCGCUGGCACGGCCGAACUGUAAUCAAGUGUACAAUCUAUUCCACCCUACCGAUCCGAUUGCUUCCCGUUUGGAACCACUGCUCAGCGCUAGGUUUUCCAUGUUGGCGCCAGUGAAUGUGCCGCGUUAUGCCAAGUAUCCACUGGGAAAUGGACAGCCGUAUCACUUAUUGGAGGUUAUCCAAUCCCAUCCACAACAUUUCAGUGAAGCCAACAAUAUUUUGGGAAACAGACGUCUGUCGGAUGCCUCAAUGCAAAGUACUAUUUCCGGUCUCAUUGAAAAUGUAUCGCUAAGUACAAUCCACUCACUUCAAAUGAAAUGGUGGGGCACAAAACGUUUAGACUACGCCCUGUAUUGCCCAGAAGGGUUGAGUAAUUUCCCGGCUCACGCCUUGCCACAUCUAUUUCACGCGAGUUAUUGGGAAAGCGCGGAUGUCAUAGCGUUCGUUUUACGUCAGAUUGGCAAAUUUGAUGGCAUUCCAUUUGUCGGGUCAGCAGACGACAAAGACACAGUCACCUUCCAUCCCAGUCAGCCACGAGAGAAAUGGAUGAAGAAACGUACUUCGGUAAAGCUGAAAAAUGUUGCGGCUAAUCAUCGUGCUAACGAUGUAAUUGUUUUGGAGGGACGCGAACAACGUCUCAAUGCACGUUUCAUGUACGGACCGCUGGAUAUGAUCACACUGCAUGGCGAAAAAGUCGAUAUUCAUUUAAUGAAAGAUCCACCAGCCGGCGAAUGGACAUUCCUUGCCACCGAGUUGACCGAUAAGAAUGGUCGCAUCUCAUAUACCAUACCGGAACAGGUAUCGCUAGGCUAUGGCAUAUAUCCGGUGAAAAUGAUCGUACGUGGCGAUCAUACAUCGGUGGACUGUUAUGUCGCCAUUGUGCCACCAAUGACCGAAUGUGUGGUUUUUAGUAUUGAUGGUUCCUUUACGGCGUCCAUGUCGGUGACGGGGCGUGAUCCAAAGGUACGCGCUGGCGCGGUUGAUGUCUGUCGCCACUGGCAAGAGUUGGGCUAUUUGUUGAUCUACAUUACGGGCCGCCCAGAUAUGCAACAACAACGUGUAGUAUCCUGGUUGAGCCAGCAUAAUUUCCCGCAUGGUCUGAUCUCUUUCGCCGACGGUUUACUCACCGAUCCGCUGGGUCACAAGACAACUUACUUGAAUAAUUUAGUGCAAAAUCAUGGAAUCUCAAUUGUGGCUGCCUACGGUAGCAGCAAAGACAUAACUGUGUAUGCGAAUGUGGGCUUGCGUUCCGAGCAGAUUUUCAUUGUGGGCAAAGUUAGCAAAAAAUUGCAAUCAAAUGCCACGGUCUUGAGCGAUGGUUACGCAGCUCAUUUGGCCGGUCUGCAAGUUGUGGGCGGCUCGCGUCCCGCCAAAGGUAAUGCACGCAUGGUAAUUCCACGCGGUUGCUUCAAUUUGCCCGGACAGACCUCAAAUCCACGGCGUAGAAGCAACGAAACCGGACUAUCGUCACCCAUACGCAGUGGCUACCUUAAGCGGAAAACCUAUUUGAAUCUACACUAAAAGAAAGCAUGAAAUCAAAAAAAAAAAAUUAAAAAGAAUAAAGCGAGCUUCGAAAGACUUCCAAUAUUGCGCAUGUGUGAAUGCAAAUAGCAGUAUAAGGCGAAAUAGUAUACUAAAUUAACUAAAAUUGCAUAGAAUAACGUCCAACAUUCCUGGCUGCCAAGUGAAAGGAAAAAGAAAA